CCAAAGUGCUGGGAUUACAGAAGUGAGCCACGGUGCCCAGCCAACAUAUUCUUUUAACUACUUUACUAUUGUCGGCCCAAGGAUACAGCACUUAUUUUUCAUAUGGGAUCUGAAAUAGGGGUGUAUUGCAUUGGCUUGAUUCACAGGUGACCUAAGUUGAGUAAACAGCCUACUGUAGACCCUCAGUGUAUGUUGUUUACAUAAGUGAGGCCUGGGGGGAGGAGGAAAACGACCUGUCACUCAUUUUGUCUGUAUGUUCUUGCUAGAAAUUUUAUGUUCCUUAGCUCAUUUAUUCCUCCCAAUAGCUUUCUAGAACUUCAUUAAGUGAGGCUUGUAGAGUGUCCAGAGAGUGUGUGAUAGCCGCAUAUAAACUUAGUGGUUUUUUUUUUUUUUUCCAGUUUCAGAGAACAUCAUGUUCUUUUGCUAGGCUUCAUACCUUGUACAUGGUAAAGUGAUCUCUAAACUCUAAUUAUUAUAAAUAUGUUUGAAAAAUAUAAGCUCUCUCAAAUAUUAGCUAUGAAUGUUUUUUCCUCAAUUUUGGAAAAUAUAUUAAUAAAUUCUAUCUGAUUAAAUGAAACUUAGUUACUUUAAAACAGCUGUGUCUAGCCUGCAUCAUGUACCCAAUACAUAUGAGUUCCCUUUCAUAGAUUCAAAUAUUUUGUUUUGAUUUUCUUUGUAUUUUCCUGUUUUUUCCCUUUUCAUGUUCUACCCUGGGCAUUUUCUAUUGAACUAUCAUCUUCUAGAUCACCAAGUCUCUCUUCAGCUGGGUCUUUUUGCUGUAACCCAUCUAUAACUUUCUUAAUUUCUUCUGUUACAUUGUAUUUUUCAGUUCUAGAAUUUUCAUCUGAUUCAUAUAUAUGAAUAUAUAUAUUUUGGCUCUUUGGUGAAAUUAUCUUGUCACCUAUUUCUUAAACAUGUUAAUCAAUUAUUUUAAAGUCUAUGCCUGAUAAUGCAAUAUCUGGAUUACUUGUGAGUCUGUUUCUAUUGUCUGCUUUUUUCCUAUUGGUUCUGUGUCUUGGUAUGCCUGGUAAUUUUUAAUUGAAUGUUGGGUACUGUAAAUAAAAAAUGAUGGAGGCUCUUGAUGGUAUAUUCUUCCACUGAGGAGUGUUCUUCUUGAGCUUCUGGUAGGCAGUUAAAAUUUUUAUAAUCUCAGUUCAAUCUUCCUUACCUAGGUGUAGCCCUUUAGAGGUCCCAAAUGAAAGCCCAGAUUAGAUACCCAGGUCCCUCCAUUUUGGUAGGCCCUGAACUCCAAUUACUAUAUCUUCAUCAGUGGGGACAGCUCUGCUUGGUUUAUCAUCCCUCUAGCAGCUGUUUUCUGUUUUGCUUCCCUUCUUUCUGCCUGUGAAAUUUACACACCAGUAAAUGCCUCAGUCGUGGUGGUGGGGAGAGUGUGUUGAGUGGCUUCUGUGUGUCCUUACUCUGGGAGUUUGGACUUUCAGGUUCUGGUUGUCUUGGUAACUGCUAGAUGCAUUCAAAGAGAUGUUUAUUUUUAAAUUUUAUCCAGUUUUUUAAAAUAUGCUUGUCUAUUAUUGCUGGAAUGAGAACAUGUAUUCUUUGCUUUUUAGGCUUUAAAAUUUAAGUAAUGAGACUUGCUUCUGAUUCAUCAGAGUGCCCCCAAAACAGGUGUUGGUUAGGUGUGCAGGUGAGAGAUUAUUGUUUGACUUGCAGUCUAGUCUGCUACCUGCUCAUCCCACAGGAACCUUUGAUUUUUUCACAACUUUCGCUUUGCAUUCUGAGGACAAAACUUGAAAAUUAGUGAAUUGAAUAUUAUUUAUGGUAUCAGAUAUAGAAUGGUUGCUUCAUUUAGUAGGGAACAGAUUUAAAUAAAUGAUAGAGACAAUAACUCAGGAGGCUCAGAUCCCUAUUUUGAUCUUCCAGAUAGUAAGGAAGAACAGUAAUUCUUCUGCAAAAAAAGCGAGGGCCAUGAUGAUUUCUAGUGGCUUUAUCAUGCUGAUAUUUUUGCUGUACUCUGUACUUUUGAGGGGUUGCAAAUUUGAAAGAUGUGGUAGUGAUUUUUUGAAGUGUUUUUCAUGUUAUUUUUGACAUAUAUGCAUAGAUAACGUGUAUGUAUAUAAGCACACACAUUGUACACAGCCCCUUGUUUUGUAUCCCCUUUUCCCAGAAAAGUAUGGAAUGUAAAACCUAAGUUCUCCUCAGUCAUAACCUCAGGGAAAGGAAAGAAAAUUUAAAGUCAGAAGUUGUUAACCUGAGCAGUUUAUGGCUAUAAGAUUUCAUCAUCUUACUGCCUUAUCUGGUAUAGUUACAUCUGCCCCAAUUUAUUUAUUUUUCUGCUUCCUUCUCUGCCAGCAAUGAGCCUGGAACUGGAAGGAGGCCAAGCUGCAUUCCUUGUGGUAAUUAUGAGGGAGGGCCCCAGCUCUUUGGACGUUGGCAUGAGUGCUUUCCUUCAAGGGGGCUGAAUUUCCCUACUCAAGUUCACUAACUAGCCCAUCCAUUUGCCCUCUUCCUCCUCUCCAUGUUAUUCUUGUUGGCAAAAGUGUAUGAUGUGCUUCCUGUAGAAUAAAGUGUAAGAUGCAUUUUCUGUUUCUAAGAUAGAAAGAAAGUGUAUGAUGUGCUUUCUGUUUCCAAGAAACUUACAGUUUACUUGUGGGGAAAGUCAAAUAAACAUGAACAUUGAAAUAUCAGUAGAAACAAUAAAUAGCAACAGAAGUUAAUAAAAGACAAAGGGCUAAAUGGAAUGCACAGAAACUGCUAUAGAAGGUAGAUGAAGGGAGGACUGAACCAGAGUCAUGUGGAAUGAUUCUGUGGACCUGAGUAUUGGGAGUUCUUUUGGAUUUAGAGUUGGCAAGAACAGGUGGACAUCCUUGGCAGGGAGACUGGAGUGCACAGGGGUGGGGGAUUGGGAAGGGGCAAGGUGGGCCAGGGGCUUGAGAAUGUCAGUAUAAGAGUCUAGGGGCUGGACUCCUGUGGUGGAGAGAGAGCCUCAAAUGCCAGUUGCCAGGUUGUGUUUGGCUAUUCCAUAUACAAAGGGGGAACAUCUAAGUCUUUGAAUGAGGAAUAUAAUAAUGAUUAAUUUAGGAGGUUAAACUGGCAGGAUACAGAAAGAGUUGGAAGGGGAAAUAUUGUAAGCAUGGAGCCUGGGAGGUUUUGUGACAAUUCUAGUAAGUGUGGCAAGGGUUGGUGACUGUAGAAGGGAAAUGAAGAGGCAGAUGAGAGACUAGUUUUGAAAGAGCACUCAUGACUUGACUGGCUUUGAGGAAGGCCUAUUGGCAUUUUACGUAAAUGCAAAUUAUGUGCGUUUGAGGUAGUCCAGCAUAAAACUAUCAACAAACAUAUUUUAUAUGAAACAUUUAGAAAUAACCCCCAAUCCUUUCUUCUCACCUGUGUUAGAGUCAUCUGUCAUGGCACAGGUUUUCACACUUUGAAAAAUUGAUUCAUUCACACAAAAGGUGAUUUUUUCAGUAAGAAAAUUUGACUUUUCUGUUGACAAUAUGCUUUCUAAAGUUAGAGGUACAUUCUCAUGAAGUAAAAGGCACUGAGUGGAUAUUGUGCUGGCCCCUGGUGAGGAGCUGGGCUGUGCUGCUGCGGCGUUCCUUUGGGUGGUGUUCUACUUUCCUGUUAGCAUUAUCAUUGUUUCUGGAUCCAGAAUGUCUCCUCUGUCACCUAGGUAAAUGCCAUCAGGAAAUGUCAGAUCCCACAGAGUGACUGGGUGAGCCACUUACUCCCAUGUAUUACUAACCUUUAUUCCUGAUGAGUGUUUCCUGAGAAUUAUGCUUGAGAAAUGCUGCAGGUUUUAUUUCCCUCACCGUAAGUCUUCUCUGAAGCUCAUAGCACACAUUAGCUUAUUAAUGGCUCUGCAAGUUGGGCAAGUGAACAAACUAGUUCAGUGUUGUUGACUCCAGCUUUUUCUAUACAUACUUGACCAUGGAACGCUAUUUUUACACUACACUUACUAACAUCUGGGUGGUGAGUUCUGGGGAAAGUAGGGCUGGGAAGUGAAGUUUUUCCCAUCUGAUAGCAUCUCUGGUAGUACCCCCAGACCCUUAAAUGAAUGAGCAAAUGAAUGUUCAUGAGGCCCUUGUCUGUGCUGUCACUAUACAAAGUGAUUCACAUGUAUUCUCACAUUCAAGCCUCAACAAGCCACUUAGGUAGAUUUAAGGAAACAAGGCUUAGAUGAGUUAGGACACUUGUCCAAAUACACGGUUAGGAAAUGACAGGCGGGGUCCAGAUCAACUCCAAGUCCAGUGUGGAAUGCCAUUGCUACCUCCUGGUGAGAAUUUUGGGUUCAGUCAAUAGAACAGCAGCUGUUUCAUCACAGAGGUUUCAUGCUUUACCACUUAAACAAAUCAAAGUGUUUCUGUUAGUAAAAUACACCUCCCAGGUCUUCUCAGAGAUCAUCUAGCCUAUUGUGGUCACAAAAGAAGCUUUGAACAAGGUAAAUUCGCAGUGAUUGGUUUUCAGCCCUUUUCCAGGGAGAGGGUGAGUCCCUGUACUUCCUGAUGCUCUCUCUUCCUUUGUGCUGAGCACUGUGGGCUUUCCUGGACCUGCUCAGCCAGGCUUGCCUCCCUGUACUCAGUUUCCCAAGCUGGUAUCCUACCCACCCUCGCUGACCUGCAACUGUGUCCUCAUGCCCUUCUCAGUGAAUGAUAGUUCAAAAUGGCGAAAGAGGGACUCAGUCUCUGCCGAGCAUCUUUGUGUAAGGCUGGAUAUUGACAUGAGAAAAUGAAGCAGAGCUGUGCAGAUAGUUGCCUGUUUUUCCAGUUGCCUAAUGGGUUGUUAGACUCCCUUAUAGACCUAGGAAUUUAUGAGUUGCCUAGAAUGUUUCAGUUUCUUUUUCCUGCUUCAUCUUUUCAGUACUUGUGCCAGUUUGGCCAGCAGAGCGGAAGGCCAGAGCUGUUCUCUGUGCUGUCAAAUUUGUUCUGAGCGUAUCAUCUUGAGGGAGUGCGUGUUAUCCAUCUUUUAUCCUCAAUUUCCUCUCACCUGUCUAGAAGCAGAGGGAUGCCACUUUCUCCCCCCUAAAAUUGGAGCUUUAUGAGUUAGAGUUAGCUGUGAGCAGUUUUCCUCUAGCACUGAGGCAGGACUAUUAAAUUGCAUUCUGCUGUUUGCUUCUAUGUUCUGUUAGUAACCAUUAAUUAAUUUUAAAGAUAUAGAAAUUAAACAGAUGGAGUAAAAUGCUCCAACUUGUAUAAGAUCACAUUUUUCAGUCACUUUUAUUGCAUGUGAAGGCAAAAGAGAAUCACCCUAAAAUGAAAUUCACAGGUUAUCUCCAAGUCGUCUUUGAAUAAUCUAGCCUGCAAAUAUUAAUUUAUUAUUCAUCUGCAAUGUGCAAGGCACCAUGAAAGAUCUUUGAUAUCAACAUCAUCAUACCACAUCCUACCAGAUUAGCUCGUGUAUACUAUUCAUGAAUCCAGACCUUCUGAUUGGGACCAUUCUGGGACAUCAAAAGUCAGCCUCAGGGUUAGACACACAUUGCUGUGCAGAGGAUUUGAAGAGCUAUCACAAGGCAAGGGGAUUUUUGAGGCUGACAAUUCAAAUCUAGUCUCUGGCAGCAGCAUAGUCCCUUAAACAAAUGAACAAAUAAACGUUUACUAGUCCUCUGCCCUGUGUGCCGCUAUGCAAGAUGAUUUACAUGUAUUCUCUCUUAAAUCUCAAAACAACUUUCCGAGAGAGAUCCGAGGCAACUGAGGCUCAGAUGAGUUAGGGAACUUGUCUAAGCUUAUAUAGGAAAUGGCAGGGUAAGGACUGGAGCCCACAUCAACACUAGGUUCAGUGUGUGAGCCCAUCGCUCCAUCUCUAACGGGAAUUUUGGGUUCAGUUCAGUAAGUGCAGUGAGGUGAGAUCAAGAACCUACUCUGGGCUUUUCUAGAUGUGCUCCAGUGGAGAGGGAGCUACAGAUGGAGCUGUGGAGCAGCUGGAGUCUGGGGCUGUGCUGCUUAGGUGUUCCUUGAGCGAUAGAACCUCUCCUUAUUUAAAAAAACAUCUUUUAAAUUUGCUGCAUCAGUUUCUCCUGGAAAACUGGAAAUGGUUAUGAGUGCAUAGCUCCUCUCAGCCAGAUUUAAUGGUUUCAACACCCUGGAUCAGUGUACUUUAAAAAGUACAAAUGGCUGGGUCUUAUCCGCGGAGUUCCCUAGCCUGGGAACCUCUACUUUUAUAAAACUCCAGGGGAUUCAAACGUGCAACAGAGUUUGAGAACUAGUAGACCAGCAGCUGCUCCUGCAGGUGUUCUCCCCACCGCCCAUCUUAGUUUUCUGAGACCUCCCAUUGGUGAGGAGCCACUGGCUGCAUGAGUUUUAAUUAUUUAUGACCAUGGAGCCUUUACCUGACAAUAGCCGGUUUCUAAUUCCCAUCUCAGCUUUGAAUUCAGGCAGUUCCCUCCCCUCCAGUUUAAUGUUUUUUUUUUCUCUCUCUCAAAUAAAAAAGGAUGUUGUUGCUCUUAUUUAAUUCCAUGUUUUCCAUGAGGUGGUUCGUGUAUUCUUAUCAAUGACUUUUAAAAGGUGCAAUUAUUUGGUUUUAAGUUUCUCCACAAGUGAGUGAUAGCCUCAUGAAUAAGAAAGGACUCCUUUUUCUAACCAGGCAUUUCCCUGCUGCCCUUGUACUCUGUCAUUUGACUUUGACGUUUUUGACAAUUCAAAUUCUCCAUGGCCCUUGACCUGUAGGUAUACCAUCUAACGACUGUCUACGAAGCAUCUGGCUUUCUUAGAAGUGGCUUUGUCGGGUUUUGAGUGAAUCCCUACUGGAUUGAUUCUGGCACAGUUGAGCUCUGUUAGCAUGACCUGAAUAGUAGUGAACCCUCAGCAGUGAACUGCUACUUACCAUCAUGGUGAUGAGAUUUAAUUUUUGUUUACCUCUGUCAUUGCUUUAGGUGGCUUUAUUUGCUUGGUGAUGGAUUGUCUCCAGCCAGUGUAAGUCUUCAUCCCUGCUCUCAUCCAUAUCUUGCUGUAUUUUAGUUUAACCUCCUUUGAAUGCUUUGCUGUGUAGUCAGGCAGUUGUAGAACAUAUUGGGGCAGCAUAUCUGGAUUAGCUUUCAUGGUAGCUGCCUCCCAGCUCUGAGCAUUCCAGUAUUGAUCCCUUUUAUCUGACUGGAAUGUUUGGAUACACUCAUUUAGUCAUCAUGCUGUCAGGGUUUCAAGGUGGAGCUGGAAGUCAAAGCCACAGCUAUGAUAUGGCUAGUUGGCUGCUGUCAUGGGCUUGGCCCCAAAGAGGAGCCUCCCUGCUCCUCUCCACUCUCCUCCCAGAUUCCAUGUUGCCAGGGCUGUCUAGUCCUCGCCUUCUCCCAUAGCUGGGCAAAGGCUUAUGGUGAUAAAAUGCUGUAUUUUUCCUUCCUGUUAAUUGCCAUAAAGUUUCCACAGACACGUUUACUAAUCCUGCUAUUGGGAAGGAUGGGAGCAACUUACCAAGCCUCAAAUUUUCUGAGGAAUCUGGGACAGCAGCAAUUUUCAUAGCUGGUGACAGAGCUGAGAACAAAAUCCAGCAGGACUUGACUUGUCUGGGCCAUAAGCCUAAUUAAUUCCUCAUGGUUAAUAAAGAGAAAAAAUGAACCUUUUAGGAAUUUGCAGUUUUGUCUGACUUGAUUGACCUCACUGUACUGUUCUUUGUGGUCAUAUGCUUCCAGAGCCAUUUGGUUCUGAAAUCUGCCCACCUGAAAUUCCUGGCUUCAUUAUUUCUCUCCAUAUAGCAGGGACUCAGUUAACAUAAUUAGAAAAUACAGCUUCCAGUGGUUGUUAUGGUUUUGGUGGGUGAUAUUCCUAGAAAAGACAUAUAAAUAGAAUGACUUAAGUCAAAUCUAUUCUUUUAUACAGAUCAAGUUUGUAAGAAAGGACUGGUUUCUGACCUUGGAUCUAUCUUUCAAUUUUUUAUAGAAAUGAUUUCAAAUGAAUAGAAAACCUGUAAUGUAAUUUCUUAUAGAAUCGAUUCAAUCAACUUAUAUAUCCAUAUUUAAUCAAUUGGACUUAGCUCUAUGCAAUGCCAUUGUAGCCUGUUGUCUAACAAGAUACGUUACUGACAGUGGACUCAUUUUUUGGGUGAUGUCUUUAUUCCCGCUGAUUUUUUUUAAAGAAUUAUCCUAAGAGUUGCUGGGAAUGAGGCCUAAGUAGGAUCCAUCCUUGUCUAAUGUCGAUAGAGAAACAGAAAAGCUUGCAUCUUAAUAUCCAGCAGGUUCUUGGACAAUUAAAAGUAUCUCAUGUUUGUGACUCCUUUAAAAAACCAUCAAACUAUUUACUGUGACAGAAAUUAGGAAAUAGGAAUUUGGUGGCAGCAAGAUCUCUAUGGGUAAACAAUGCAGUAUUCAAACUGCGGCAAGCUUGGAUUGGAGCCCUAGGGCUCCCAUGGACAGAAGACGAGAUGGCGGUAUUCUAAGGCACUAGAGGAUCACGGCACCUCAAAUCCCUUCUGUCUUGGCAAGGACAAAGAGGCCUGCUUGUGCAGCUUUCAAAGAGGGAAACCAAAGGACAGUUUCUCAUUGACCACAUCUGCAACUACUACAGCCUGCUGGAGAAGGACUACUUUGGCAUUCGCUAUGUGGACCCAGAGAAGCAAAGGCACUGGCUUGAACCUAACAAGUCCAUCUUCAAGCAAAUGAAAUCUCAUCCACCAUACACCAUGUGCUUUAGAGUGAAAUUCUACCCACAUGAACCCUUGAAGAUUAAAGAAGAGCUCACAAGGUACCUUUUGUACCUUCAGAUUAAAAGGGAUAUUUUUCAUGGCCGGCUGCUGUGCUCCUUUUCCGAUGCUGCCUACCUGGGUGCCUGUAUUGUUCAAGCUGAGCUUGGUGAUUACGACCCUGAUGAGCAUCCCGAGAAUUACAUCAGUGAGUUUGAGAUUUUCCCCAAGCAGUCGCAGAAGCUGGAAAGAAAAAUAGUGGAAAUCCAUAAAAAUGAACUGAGAGGGCAGAACCCACCAGUUGCUGAAUUUAACUUGCUCCUGAAAGCUCACACUUUGGAAACCUAUGGGGUGGAUCCUCACCCGUGCAAGGAUUCAACAGGCACAACAACAUUUUUAGGAUUCACAGCUGCAGGCUUUGUGGUAUUCCAGGGAAAUAAGAGAAUCCAUUUGAUAAAAUGGCCAGAUGUCUGCAAAUUGAAGUUUGAAGGGAAGACAUUUUAUGUGAUUGGCAUCCAGAAGGAGAAAAAAGCCAUGUUGGCAUUCCAUACUUCAACACCAGCUGCCUGCAAACAUCUUUGGAAGUGUGGAGUGGAAAACCAGGCCUUUUAUAAGUAUGCAAAAUCCAGUCAGAUCAAGACUGUGUCAAGCAGCAAGAUAUUUUUUAAAGGAAGUAGAUUUCGAUAUAGUGGGAAAGUUGCCAAAGAGGUGGUGGAGGCCAGUUCCAAGAUCCAGAGGGAGCCUCCCGAGGUGCACAGAGCCAACAUUUCUCAGAGCCGCAGUUCCCACUCCUUGAACAAACAGCUCAUUAUUAACAUGGAGCCACUGCAGCCCCUGCUUCCUUCCCCCAGCGAGCAAGAAGAGGAACUGCCUCUGGGUGAGGGUGUUCCAUUGCCUAAAGAGGACAACAUUUCUGCUCCCUUGAUCUCCAGCUCCCCAGUGAAGGCAGCCCGGGAGUAUGAAGAUCCCCCUAGUGAAGAGGAAGAUAAAAUCAAAGAAGAGCCCUUAACCAUCUCUGAACUAGUGUACAACCCAAGUGCCAGCCUGCUCCCCACCCCUGUGGACGACGAUGAGAUUGACAUGCUCUUUGACUGUCCAUCCAGACUUGAGUUGGAAAGAGAAGACACAGAUUCAUUUGAGGAUCUGGAAGUAGAUGAAAAUGCCUUUUUGAUUGCUGAAGAAGAGGAGCUGAAGGAGGCUCGCCGUGCUUUGUCAUGGAGCUAUGACAUUCUGACUGGCCAUAUUCGGGUGAACCCACUGGUCAAGAGUUUUUCCAGGCUCCUUGUGGUGGGCCUGGGACUGCUGCUUUUUGUAUUUCCCCUGCUCCUCCUCCUUUUGGAGUCAGGUAUUGAUCUCUCCUUCUUAUGCGAAAUCCGCCAAACACCAGAGUUUGAGCAGUUUCACUAUGAAUACUACUGUCCCCUCAAGGAGUGGGUGGCUGGGAAAGUCCACCUCAUCCUCUACAUGCUGGGUUGCUCAUGAAGUUAAUCUCUCACAUGACUAAGGGCUAUAUUCAAUGCUAGUGACUUUUUUUUUUUCAGUAAAUGCCUGGUUCUGAAGGGUCACGGGGCUAACAGCUGUUCCUUACCCAUAAUUGACUAUUCAAACCUUUAAGUUAGCUUUCCAUAAUUCACUGCACUUAAGUAAGUUUAAAUCAAAUACAGUUAUUUUAUUUAUAGGUUAGGAAAUGGUCUUUAAAUAACCAAAAAUAUGUUUAUUUUUCAUUAUAGUAUAGACAUACCCUUUAUCUGUUAUAUCAUUAUACAUAAUACAUUGGACUGAAUUAGAUUUUCCCAUCUCUGAUAGUUGGCACUAUUAUAGGCUAUAAGGUUCAGAAUCAGAAUUUUAGUAAAAACCCAAAAGAAAGUUGUUGAAUAUAAUCCUUAGUGCAAACAGUGUCCUCUAACCAAUGCCUAUACAACUAAAUUUAUGCUGGGUUUUUGGUUUUGUUUUUUUAAAAAUAUUUUUAUGUGUUCAAACUAUUUUGGUAAAUUUUUAGCAAAAAAAAAAAAAAAGAAGCCUUCUGGAGUUAUUUACAUGUACAGAUUGUAAGACUAAUGCACAAAAGGUAUAUCAGAAAUUUUUUAAUGUUUUGGCUUUGUUUUUAAAAAAUAUGUUUUGGCUGAACAAUACCAUGAUUUGUUAUGAUCUGCAUAGGAGAUAUAAAAUGGGUAGAAAGACACUAUAGUGAGUAAGCUGCUAAAACAGAGGAUGGAACUGGAGGAUGUAGAAACUGAGAGGAUCAAGUGGACACAGGGUGGUCCAAUUUUCAAAGUAUUUAGACAAGAGGACUUGUUAUUUUCAUUUAUAUUCUGUCCAUAUAUUUUGGCUGGGGAAGCAGAUGUUUUAAAAAGAAAGUGAGACUUUAAAGGAAAAAGGUAAAAGAUGUGCCGGUCAGUUGCGUAUCAGUGUACAUUAACCCAAGAGUGAAAGCAGAUAGGAACUGGAGAAAUGAAAAGAGGCAAAAAAGAGUUCUGGUGAGGCUGGCAGGCAAAUAAUGGCAGGCAAAUGGUCUAUUUUAUGAAAGUGAUGGUGAUGCCAGCGUUCGAUGAUGUGGAGGGCAGUGUACUCGCUGUCUGAGUUAACGUGAAGAUGCUUAAGUGGAUCGAAAUAAAAGUGGAGUAACUUUAAGGUAAAUAUUUUGAUUCUUUAUGCCAUUUGUUGUGAUUCUAUAGAAGAAACUACAAAAUAGUGCUUGUAUGUGAGUGUGUGUGUGUGUGUGUAUGUGUGUGUGUGAGGGAGAGAGAGAGAGAGAAAAUGAAUGGCUUUUUGAUACAUGUCCAUGAUCAUGCUUUGUGGUGGUCAUUUCCUUUCCUUUCCUUUCCCCGUUAAGAUCUGACUUCCGUAGAGAAACUGGAGAGGGCUCAUCAGAUGAUAUACCAAUUCAUUCUGGGUAAAGUAGUGACAUGACUCCCUAACCAGACUGUAGAGGGGACCAAUGCUCUAGUACCUUCCUUGAUACCAUUAAAUCUAUGAUUGAAAGGAUUUAAUCAAAGGAUUUAAUGGUAUCAGUAAAGGCAUUAGAGCAUUGCACCAUCAGCCAGAUACUGAUGCCUUCUCAUGCAGACUACCCACUGAUAUUGUGUUAUGUGGGAGAAAGAAAAGAGUCUAGAGCUUAUGGCAUGGAGUAUACAGCUUCUCUGUGGAUUGAAAACAUUCCACUGCCUUAAUGUACAAAGAUAUAGGGCCCACUUGUAAUCUAACUAAUGACCUCCAACCCUAUCAUUAGCAUGAUUUCUAAAUUGGGCAUUCCAGUUCCACUCACUCAGUGGAGCUCUGAAUGCUUCAUUGGACAUUUAAUUUUGGAAAUAAGUUUUGAAAGUCAGUUCAUGAAGCCUGAAGUUGAGCAAAUGACAGUAUAUAUUUGCCAUUAAGUUUGAAGGGUUUCCUUUUUUGUGUGCUUUCAGUGAUUUUGCUUUUCAAUAAAGAUUGUUUACUGCCUGAAAUUUGAUACUGAUAUAGAAAUAUAUUUUCUGUGACUGAAACCCUCAACAAUUUAUUUUGGAACUUGCGGAUGGCUAGCUUUGAAAUUGAAAUUUGUAUUUUUCUCCUUUUCUUAUAAGACUUCUAAGUCAGCCUUUCUAACAUAAGGGAACUUCAGUGUGGUCUGCACAAAAUUAGUCCCCUUCUGAUCAUGCAUCAUAUAAUUUUCUCUGACGUUCUAACUAUGACAAAUCAUCUGGCCCUCACUCUUUCAAAAAAUAUAUAGUAUUUUUUAAAUUAUGGAAAUAAUAUAUUUUCCAUUGUAAAAUGCUUGAAAAAUAGGAUAAAUAUCACAUGUAAUCCAAACAUACAGAUUUAUAUUAAGGAGUGAUAAAUAUAUUAUUUUAACAUUUCCAGCUAAUAUCUCUUUUCUCUUAGGUGGAAACUUCAUUGUUGAAUAGAAAUGUUUUUAAGUGAAGAAGCUGACAGAAUAGGGUCUGCUGAAUUUAAACAGCCAUCAAAAGUUAAACCAGAAUCUUGAAAUGCCAUCUGUUUGGCAUAGAAUUAGAGCCUUUUAGAAAUAUCCAUUUAAGUUGUAUUAGAAGAUAGUCACCAGUUGCCUGAAUUGAAUGAGGAAAAGACUGCUUCCAGAGACGGACAGUAUAUAAUAUAGUGAGAUACAGAGUUUAAAGCAAGUGUGCGAGUAUAUGUAUAUUCCAUAUUAUUGGUAUGUGUGUUUUUAUAUAUGAAUCUGUAUAUAUGUGUGUCUUUGAAUGGACACAACAUAUAUGUUCUUCAUAAAUGUGUUUAUUUUGCCCCAAUUGAAUAAUUUGUGACAUAUUAUUGUUUCUUUUCCCUCCCGGAUACUAUGGUGGGUAAUACCCACAGCCUGAAAGGGUUAAAUGUUCCAUGAAUGCCACUGUAUAUUCAUUUGUGGAUAUAUAUAUACACACACACAUACACUUAUAUGGCAAAUACAUAUACACACACAUUCUUGCCUUUAGUGCUAAUGUAAGUUGGAUCAUGAAAACAAUGUAGGUAAAGUAUGUAUUUGUCUGUGCUUGAACAGUAUUGUAAAAUGUUAUGUAUUUGGAAUUUAUUUUGUGGUUUGUCUAAUAUUUCUAAACAAAACGGGGUGAAUUCACAAUGAGUUCAUUUCAUUGAAAUACUAGAGAUAUGGGGGCCAUGUUACUGUGAUUGGAGCCUUAUCUUUGUAUAGUGAAAUUUGCAUUUCUAUGUCAACAUCCAGACUGUUUUAUAUGUUAAUAUGGUAGCAGGAAUCCCUAAUAAAAAGACUCUGGGGUAAAAUUUUUUGCAAUCAUUCAGUUUUAUUUAAAGUAAAGUUGUAUAGUCAGGUUGUAUAGUUGUAAAGUAAGGUUGUAUAUUCAGGAAACCAUGAAAGGAUUCCUUCUAGGAUCGUGAAAUGAGGUCAACAUAUAAUGGUGAUAGUAUU